CCGCGAGACACCUGUGAGCAGCCCCUUCAGCCACGAAACACCCGUGAUAAGCUUCCCGUCAGCCACAAGACACCCGUGAUCAGACCCCGUCAGCCGCGAGACACCCGUGAUAAAACCCCCGUCAGCCGCGAGACACCCGUGAUCAGCCCCGUCAGCCACGAGACACCCGUGAUCAGCCCCCGUCAGCCACGAGACACCCGUGAUCAGCCCCCCGUCAGCCGCGACACCCGUGAGCAGCCCCCCGUCAGCCAAUACGAGACACCUCGUGAUCAGCCCCCGUCAGCCACGAAACACCCCGGGACACCCGUGAUCAGCCCCUUGUCAGCAGCGAGACACCAUGGAACAGCCCCUUGUCAGCAGGGAGACUCCCGUGAGCUCCUGUCAGCCGCGAGUCUCUUCAAGAGGACUACCACAGGCACCAGCUACUCAUAA